AUGGCGACCGCCGAAAAAACUCAGGAGCAGCAGAAGAAGCAAUUCGAAGUACCCGACUACUCGGAUGGAGAAGACUACGACAGUGCCGAUGACUAUGAGUAUUCCGACGAGGAGGAGAAUGAACCGGCCACGAAGAACCAACAACUGCAACGGCGACGGAAACAACAACCUCAGAAUGAACCCGAGUACUCUGACGAGGACGACUACUACUCCGAUGAAUAUGACGACGAUUACUCCGACGACGAGGCGAUGCCCAACGCCAUCCAGCCCUGGUCGCAAGGGCGCAGCUCCGAGAUGGCCCCGACGGGCGGCAUGAAUGUCAUCCAGCAGGAGAAAAAGAGCCUCGACGACGAAGAGGGCAUGAAGUUGAAGCUGGAACUGAAUCUGGAAAUUGAAGUCGAGCUAAAGGCGCGCAUCCAUGGAGAUUUGACUCUGGCGCUCAUGUAA